CUUAAGUUUCCUAAGACGGCUAUGAAGAUGUUUCACAUAAAGGCUUGGGCUGAGUAUGUUGUGGAAUGGGCUGCAAAGGAGCCUUAUGGUUUUCUUACAACAGUUAUUUGGGCUCUCACCACACUAUUCCCAUCCUGGAAAUUGGUCAAGAUGAUUGAAGCCAGAGAGGAGGAGCAAAACAAACAAAAACAAGAAAAUAUUGCAAAAGCUAAAUAA